GGGUUCAAUAUUGGCCUGAAGUCGGAUUAGAUAGGGUUCAAUAUUGGCCUGAAGUCGGAUUAGAUAGGGUUCAAUAUUGGCCUGAAGUCGGAUUAGAUAGGGUUCAAUAUUGGCCUGAAGUCGGAUUAGAUAGGGUUCAAUAUUGGCCUGAAGUCGGAUUAGAUAGGGUUCAAUAUUGGCCUGAAGUCGGAUUAGAUAGGGUUCAAUAUUGGCCUGAAGUCGGAUUACAUAGGGUUCAAUAUUGGCCUGAAGUCGGAUUAGAUAGGGUUCAAUAUUGGCCUGAAGUCGGAUUAGAUAGGUUUCAAUAUUGGCCUGAAGUCGGAUUACAUAGGGUUCAAUAUUGGCCUGAAGUCGGAUUAGAUAGGGUUCAAUAUUGGCCUGAAGUCGGAUUAGAUAGGUUUCAAUAUUGGCCUGAAGUCGGAUUACAUAGGGUUCAAUAUUGGCCUGAAGUCGGAUUAGAUAGGGUUCAAUAUUGACCUGAAGUCGGAUUAGAUAGGUUUCAAUAUUGGCCUGAAGUCGGAUUACAUAGGGUUCAAUAUUGGCCUGAAGUCGGAUUAGAUAGGUUUCAAUAUUGGCCUGAAGUCGGAUUACAUAGGUUUCAAUAUUGGCCUGAAGUCGGAUUACAUAGGGUUCAAUAGUGGAAUGGGUGGUGGGUUUUUAGAGCUGGCUAAUAGGUGGUAGGGCAAUUUUCAUUUUCCCCAAAAGUUGUAUUAUUGUAUCAAAGAAUAUAAUGCAGGAAGGACGUGAAUGGCCUCACACACCAGUACAGUAGGUGGCGGUGUAUGCACCUAAAAGUUGGAUGCGAUCUGCCAACCAAAUCCCAAAGAAGAAGAAGAAGAUUGGAAAGAUUCUAUGGCGCCUGCGGUGACGUAAUGAAAAUGCUCCCAGGAUUCGCUUGACAGGCAGCUGCUUAACAACAAUUUGGGAGUCGGAAAACUUUCCCGAACUAGCUAAUUCCAAGACUACAGAAAAGUUACCCACCAUAGUUUAUUAACCCCCUUUUUUUAAAGAGUAUAUAGCUAGGUGUUCAAAUGUGGAAUUAUUGAUGGAUUCGAGGUAUGAGAUCCAGCGGAUGGCCGGUGGUAGGGGAUCAGCGAACGCUUCCCCCGCUCUGGGGGGACAGUCUCGCCGCAGGAAGAUGCCGCCGAGGCCCGCCGAUUACAAACUUCAAAUCAUCAUUAUCGGCUCUCGUGGCGUGGGCAAAACCAGUCUAAUGGAAAGAUUUACCGACGACACCUUCUGUGAAGCAUGCAAAUCAACCGUUGGAGUAGAUUUUAAGAUCAAGACGGUGGAGCUGAGAGGGAAGAAGAUCAGGUUGCAGAUCUGGGAUACAGCUGGUCAGGAGAGAUUCAACAGUAUAACCUCGGCCUACUACCGUGGGGCCAAGGGAAUAGUACUGGUCUAUGAUAUCACCAAGCAGGAAACCUUCGACGACCUACCCAAAUGGAUGAAGAUGAUCGACAAGUAUGCUUCAGAGGAGGCAGAGCUGCUGCUAGUGGGGAACAAGCUGGACUGUGAGACAGACCGCAUCAUCACUAAACAGACUGCAGAGAGGAUGCCUCUGGAGAUUCCCAGUAAGGAUGUUUCCAACAGUAUCCUGUCUCUGCAGCCUGAACCGGAAGUGCCUCCUGAGCUCAACCCGCCACGCGUGCGCUGUUGCUGAGACCCCCUCCCCCCCACCCCUCCACCACCACCAACCUCC